GAUUGUUUUAUUAAAUCCGGAACUAGUUCAAUAAUGAAAUCUAGGUUUUUAACACAGCCACUUUGGUACAGCCUAGAGCGUCGCCGUCAUACCCCUAUUGGUAUUAUAAAGAUCCAAUGGCACGCAACUUAAACUCAAACCGGCUGACCAUUCACGUCUUUACAUUCUUCGUCCUCUUUCAGUAAAACCAAACAUCGAAAAUGCCAUCUUCCGCAUCUACUUCGUCUUCAGCCGGACUUAGCGUUCUAGGAGGACUCUUUUUGCUCUUCAGCUCCGUCGCUGGUAGCAAUUUGACAUAUUAUUCUCCUCAACCAGGUGUUGAUCCAGCCUUCGCCAAUUGGAUUAAUGAAUUUUAUACUGCUGCAGAAGCUACCAACACCACUGCAUGUGGAUACUCUGAAUUCUUCAGCAGUAAUGCCACCAUCAAUCUUGGAGGAUGGAACCCAGCUCAAGAUGUCACUGAUGGAUUGACCGUCAGGAUCCACUACCCUGUAAAUGUCACUGCAAACAAAGACACUACUGAUACAGUGUUUGAUAUUUUUGGUCUCACAAAAGGGUACUAUGAGAAUGGAACUUGCGGCGUUGACAGUUACGAGACCAGAUUUACUAUCCAGGAUGUUGAUUGCCGUGCAAACCUAAAGCCACGAUCGGGUUCCCUUACUGCAUUGAAUCUCAUAGAGCAGACUGCUUCUAGCCAAUCCUGUGAUACUUUCUAGGCAAUAUGGAGGUUUUAGUAAGCCUCCAAGGAGCUGCGUCAUUAAUGAAUAUUGCCUAUAUAUAAUAUCUUCAGCAGAAAUUUAUAUUGAUUAAGACUUGUCUUGUCA